UUCCGACCGACCGACCGUCCCUCGGCCCCGGCUGUCGCCUGUCGCCCGCCCGCCGCCGCCGCCGAGGGAGCAGGCGCCGCGGCCGCGGGCCUUCCUCCCGCGAGUUCGGGGAGCCGCCCGCGGAGACUCGCCUUGAAGGUCUGCGCCUCGGCUCCGACUCCUUCUCCCCGAGCGCAGCCCCACCGCCGCCGCGUCGCCGGCCGCAGCCUUGCAAUCUGUUGAUAACUCGCCCUGCGGGCUGCCGCCGGGGGAGGGAAAACUGCCCCCCGGACCCCAGGACGCGCCCCAUCCCGCCGCCCACCCGAAGCCCAGGACCGUGGCCGCUCCAGCCGUUUUCGCCCAAAUAGAUGGGGGCGGCCUCUCCACUCUCACCCGCCCCAUCGCCAGCUCCCGGGCCUCGACCCCGUGGCGACUGUUCGGGACUUUGACCUUCUGGGUGGCCAUGGAGGCUGGCGGGGAGAAAGGUGCGACAUAAGCAGCUGGGCCGGCACCGUCUCUAUCCCUGCUGACACUUCGGCAACUUCGCUGUGCUCAUGGAUUUGAGGACCGUCCUCUCCCUGCCCCAGCCCCCUGGGGAGUUCCUGCACCCCGUGGUGUACGCCUGCACGGCCGUCAUGCUGCUGUGUGUGCUGGCCUCUGCUGUCACCUACAUCGUCCACCAGAGCGCCAUCCGGAUCAGCCAGAAAGGCCGGCACGCGCUCCUGAACUUCUGCUUCCACGCGGCGCUGACCUUCUCCGUGUUCGCCGGCGGCAUCAACCGCACCAAGUACCCCAUCCUGUGCCAGGCGGUGGGCAUCCUGCUGCACUAUGCCACACUGUCCACCAUGCUGUGGAUCGGAGUGACCGCCAGGAGCAUCUACAAGCAGGUGACCGAGAAGGCCCCACUGUGCCCGGGGGCAGACCAGCCGCCAGAGCCCAAGCAGCCCCUGCUCAGGUUCUACCUCAUCAGUGGAGGGGCUCCUUUCAUCAUCUGUGGCGUCACAGCUGCCACGAACAUCAGGAACUACGGGAUGGAGAACGAGGCCUCUGCAUACUGCUGGAUGGCCUGGGAGCCCAGCCUGGGCGCCUUCUAUGGGCCGGCGGCCUUCAUCGCCCUGGUCACCUGCGUGUACUUCCUUGGCACCUACAUCCAGCUGCGGCGCCACCCGGAGCGCAGGUACGAGCUUAGGGAGCGGACGGAGGAGCAGCAGCGGCUGGCGGGGCCCGAGGACGGCCAGGGCCCUGGGGCCCCGCCAGGGACCCCUGCCCGCGAUGCCCUGGCUGCCUCGCUGCUGCAGAACGAGCACUCAUUCAAGGCCCAGCUGCGGGCCGCCGCCUUCACGCUGUUCUUGUUUGUGGCCACGUGGACCUUCGGGGCGCUGGCCGUGUCUCAGGGCCACUUCCUGGACAUGAUCUUCAGCUGCCUGUACGGCGCCUUCUGCGUGACUCUGGGGCUCUUCAUACUCAUCCACCACUGUGCCAAGCGGGAUGACGUGUGGCAUUGCUGGUGGUCCUGCUGUCCCUCCCGUGGGGACCCCCAUGCCACGAAGCUCGGCGCCUGCCCUGCGCUUGAUGCCAACGGGGAUGCGCUGGGCCAUACGGCCUGCCUGCAGGACUCGCCAUGUCCUGGCAAGGCGCUGGGCUUCGGCCACCCGCCAGCCAGCCACUGCAAGAUGACCAACCUGCAGGCCAGCCAAAGCCAUGUCAGCUGCCUGUCGCCGGCCACGCCCUGCUGCGCCAAGAUGCACUGUGAGCAGCUGAUGGAGGACGCGGCCCACGUCCACGUGCACGAGGAGGAUGCCUUUGGGCACGACCCGCACCUGCACAGGUGCCUCCAGGGCAGGACUAAGCCUCCAUACUUCAGCCGACCCCGGGCGGCUGCGGCUGAGCAGGAGUGCGCCUUCCAUAUCCCAUCCAGUCUGGACGGCAGCCCCCGCAGCUCGCAUACGGACAGCCCCCCCAGCUCGCUCGAGGGCCCUGCAGGGCCACACCCACUGGCCUGCUGUGCCCAGGGCGACCCCUUCCCCCUGGUUAGCCAGCCCGAGGCUGCCGACUCCAGCCCCGUGCUCUACAGCUGCCCCCCGCGGCCAGGCAGGGAGGCGGCCCACGGCCCCGGCCACUUCCAGAUGCUCCGGAGGACACAGUCCCUGCCCUUCGGAGGCCCGGGCCAGAACGGGUUGGUCAAGGGCGACCUGCGGGACGCCACACCCUACGGCUCUGACAGCACGGGCAAUAUCCGCACGGGGCCCUGGAGGAACGAGACCACGGUGUAGCGGGCAGGGCUCCGCCACCUUCGCCCACGUGGCCUGGGUGCACUUCAGAGCAGAGCCCGGCCCUCUGCCACACGACCAAGCCUGGCGGUGCCCCCCACUGACCCUUUGGUUGGCACGACCCCAGCAGGAAGACGCUUUGGGCCACGUCUGCCUCCACGAACCCUGAGCCAGACAAGGUGUCCCCGUGCAGAGUCCCCACUUUCUGUCCCACGGUGCCCAGCCCCCAGGCAGCCCAGGGACAGAUGGGGCAGGGGUUCUAGCAGGACCUACCCCUGGCGCCCAGCGUGCCUCCCUGCCACCCCACCUGCUGGUGACCAGCCCAGUCGCCGCAGGAGGCACCACCCACAUUCCUAGCGUUUCGCGUUUGUGCUGUCAGGUCUGGUUCCUGGGGGCGGGCAGCCUGCUGGUCAGUCCAGAGCACGCUGGGCAGUGGCCCUAGGCCCCUCCGUGGCCGCAGGAGCUCGCGUCAGCACCCCCGCCCAGUGACGUCCCCACCUCGGCCCGUCCUGAGUGCAGGCCCAGCGCCCCCAGGCCUGAGAGCACUAUGGACACUAAGGUCGCAAGAACGGAGGGGCCGCCGGUGGCCCGAGGUUUUCCAGGGAGCCAGUGGGCCUCCGAGGGGCCCGUGCCUUUGGAAACACCCAAAUGUCCUUUAAUGUAGACUCGACUUCCGUCCAGCGCCACCAGGGCUGGCUCCCACCUCCUACCGUGGCCGUUCGGGACAAUAAAGUUCCUGCCACAGAAAGA